AUGGGCAUCUCCGACGCCCAGAGAAUUCCCGAUUUUCACCAUGUCCGGGUGACAGAAAAGCACUCGGCUGCCUUGAUCCUUAACGCAACCACAUCAUAUCUUCAAAGGUGUGUUCCGCAGUAUCGCAUGCAUCUCCCAUCCAGAAUAAAGGCGCUUGAGGCGUCGGUAGUCAACAAGAUUGCUGCAGGAGAAAUCAUUAUCUCUCCUGUCAAUGCCCUCAAAGAGAUGAUGGAAAAUAGCAUAGAUGCCGGGGCAACUAAUGUGGAUAUCCUGGUGAAAGAUGGUGGCAUAAAGAUGCUGCAAAUUUCGGAUAAUGGGUGCGGGAUCAUGAAGGAUGACCUUCCGAUACUAUGCGAGCGCUUCACGACAUCCAAACUGAAGUCGUUCGAGGACCUGAGCCGCAUCCAAACGUACGGGUUCCGCGGAGAGGCACUUGCCAGCAUUUCUCACAUUGCGCGACUACAUGUGGUGACGAAAACGAAAGAGAAUCAGUGUGCAUGGAAGGCUGUCUACGAGAAUGGGGUAAUGGUGGGGGAGCCGAAGCCGACGGCAGGCAAGGAUGGGACGACAAUCCUCGUACAGGACCUCUUCUACAAUGUGCCGUCCAGGCUGCGGGCGCUGCGAUCUCCAAGCGAAGAGUUUGCGAAAAUAGUGGAUGUGGUCGGCAAGUACGCAAUCCAUUCGGAUGGUGUGGGAUUUUCGUGUAAGAAGUUUGGCGAAACACAGUACGCGUUAAAUGUACGUGGGACUUCUUCAAAAUCAGACAAGAUACGGGCUGUAUUUGGUGCUCCAGUCGUUGCCAAUUUAGUUGAGGUAGAUAUUUCUGCAGACCCUGAGCACGGUCUUACAUCCAGUUCGGGCCAGAUUACAACUCCAGACUUUAACAACAAGAAAUCUAUACCUGCUGUGUUUUUCAUUAAUAACCGCCUUGUUUCCUGUGAUCCUCUGAGGCGAGCCCUAUCCCAAGUUUAUUCCAACUUCUUGCCGAAAGGUAACAAACCGUUUAUUUACAUGAGUUUACACAUAACACCGGAGAAUGUUGAUGUUAAUGUGCAUCCUACAAAGCGUGAAGUACGAUUUUUGUAUGAAGAAGAGCUAAUAGAGCGCAUUGGUAAUUUGCUCCAUGAGCGGUUAUCUCAGCUGGAUACUUCGCGAACUUUUAAACCGGGCUCUUUGACACCUGGGAAACAUAGUUCAACUGUGUCCUCCGCAUUCCGGCAAUCAGCGACCCCCGCAAGUACACAACCAAAGGCAAAACGUGCAGAAAACAUGCUUGUCAGGACUGAUGGUAGCCAAGCUAAAAUUACUAAUUAUGUCAGAGCAAGUCAAAGCUCUACCAGCUCAUCCUUUUCCACUUCUUUAAGAAAGAAAUCACAUGCGGCAGCAAGUGAUGAACUUGGCAGCAUUGGCGAGGACUCCCAAGAUACAGCAACAUCGAUGACAACCUCUACACAAGAGCCUAAUCAUACCAAGUCUAGAGCCAUUUUAACCUUAUUGAAUAAUGAGUAUGAAGUCGUACAGCGGGAAAGAACGGAAGUAAAUCUCACCAGCAUCAAAACUCUAAAGCAGGAAGUAGACGAAGAUAUGCAUAAGGAAUUAACAAGUGUCUUUGCAGAUAUGACCUAUGUUGGUGUCGUUGAUGCAACAAGGCGACUUGCAUCUAUACAGCAUGGUUUAAAGUUAUUUUUGGUUGAUUAUGGUUCCUUAUGUAACGAACUUUUCUAUCAAAUUGGACUCACAGAUUUCGCAAACUUCGGGAAAAUCUAUAUCCAGGAUGAGGUUGAGAAUCGCGAAGGUUUAGCGAUAUACCAACUGCUAUCUAAGAUUGAUAAUGCGUCGCAAUCGAAUAUUUUGGAAAUAACUCAACAGUUGUGGGACAUGAGAGAAAUGCUAGAGAACUAUUACUCGAUUGAAAUAUGUGGAGACGAGACCGAUUUGACGAACGUUCGCAUUAAGAGUGUACCCUUACUUUUAAAGGAUUAUGUCCCGCCUCUUUCUAAACUUCCAUUUUUCCUCUACAGAAUGGGAACUAAGGUAGAUUGGUCGUCGGAAAAGGAGUGCCUAGAAGGAAUCCUUCGACAACUUGCCUUGUUCUAUAUUCCUGAGAUUAUUGAGCACGUAGAUAUAAACGACGACACAAUCGAUGGCGAUGUUCGCGCUUAUUAUAUUUCCAAGGCAGAGCAUAUUGGGACAGUUCUGGAACAAGUGGUUUUCCCAACGAUAAAGAGGCGACUCCUAGCGUCGACGAGACUUCUGAAGGACAUUGUAGAGGUAGCUAAUCUGCCUGGUUUAUAUAAAGUUUUCGAAAGAUGCUAG